GGUCCCGCCCCGCGGUGUCACAGCGAUAAGGCUCCGGCUGCUGGUGGUUAGCUGUUAGCUGUUAGCCGUUAGCCGCAGCGAUGGCAGCGCGGGUUCUGGUCGGGGUGAAGCGGGUCAUCGACUACGCCGUGAAGAUCCGAGUGAAGCCUGAUAACACUGGAGUGGUCACAGAUGGCGUGAAACACUCGAUGAACCCGUUCUGUGAGAUCGCGGUGGAGGAGGCCGUCCGGCUGAAGGAGAAGAAGCUGGUGAAGGAGGUGGUGGCGGUCAGCUGUGGACCUCAGCAAGUGCAGGAGACCAUUCGUACAGCUCUGGCUAUGGGAGCAGACCGCGGGAUUCACGUGGAAGUUUCUGGAAAAGACUACGACACACUCGGACCCCUGCAGGUGUCCAAGAUCCUCGCAGCUCUGGCCAAGAAAGAGGAGGCAUCCCUCGUCAUCCUCGGGAAACAGGCUAUUGAUGACGACUGUAAUCAGACGGGUCAGAUGACUGCAGCCCUUUUGGACUGGCCUCAGGGCACGUUUGCAUCGGAGGUCACAAUCGAUGGUGAUAAAAUUAAGGUGAUCCGUGAGAUCGACGGUGGACUGGAGACCAUUAAGAUUAAUAUGCCAGCGGUGGUGACGGCUGACCUUCGCCUCAAUACACCCAGAUACGCCACACUGCCCAACAUCAUGAAAGCUAAGAAGAAGAAGAUUGCCAGCGUGAAGCCCGGAGAGCUGGGCGUGGACCUGACCUCCCGGCUGGAGGUGCUGCGGGUGGAGGAGCCUGCGCAGAGGCAGGCUGGAGUGAAGGUGGAGACGGUGGAGGAUCUGGUGGGGAAACUGAAGGAGGCGGGGAGGAUUUAGAGGCAGCAGGAGGAGGAGCAGCACUGGGAUCUUCUAAAAGGUGGUGUUUUUUUAGAUCAAGCUCCACAGAUGGUUUUCGCUGUGCUUCCCCAACCGGCCGGCUGCUCCUUUCUCUACGUUCUGACUCCAUCCACGGGUGUAUAGAAGUGCUGAGAGACACUGAGCCGCGUUUUAUCAGAUUCUGCUCAGAGUAAAAGUCCUGUUUUACAUCAUAUCGAGUGUUAAACGUUGUUAAUUCUGUACUCUGAUAGAUUAAACCUGUUUAAAUACCAACAUCCAACAUAGAGCGCUCGCUAAUCUAAUACAGAUACUAGACUUGAUCUUAUAAGCCAACUUCUUUAUCAUAUAUGUAUGCGUAUAUGUAUAUAAAUAUAUCACUGCCCUCGGCCUUUAGACACCAUAGAGCAUUAUGUUCUUCUGUCAGGAACUCCAUUAGUCUUGCCAUUUGUUUUUAAAUGGCAGAUUUAAAGGCCAUAUUCCACCAGUUUUGGUCUCUUUCCUAAGAUGUAUAGUUGAUAUAUAUAUAUAUUAAUAUCAUCAGUGUUUUAAUAGAUUAGCUAUAUUUUGACUGGACGGUGUCUCUCAGCACAAACUGUAAAAGGGAGAAUGUAAGAAAUUUGUACGCCGUAAGCGCCUCCGAGCGAGUUCUGAUUGUACAGUAUUGUACUGUGAAAAAAACUUAAAUAAUAAAAACUGUUCUGUCCUUUUCA